GUCAUUGCUGCAGCCUCCAGUGCCCGGUCGCUAGUUUCUCAGCCGCCAGUUCUCUCCUCCGUGCAGAAUUUCCUGCAAAGACAGCUAAGCCGCCGCAGAAGUUGCCGGGCGUUCCACUCCUCCGGAGGCAUUGGCUCAGUAACUUUUCACGUCAUUUUCUGCCGUGGAGCCCCUUGCCGCCUCUCCGCGCAGCGUUUCCCACCCGCGAGCCACACCAGUGCUCAUGGGGCAGGCGAAGAGGAGCUUGCAGCACUGAGCGGAACCGGACUGGAGCCCAGGGAUGUCCGGCACCAAACUGGAGGACUCCCCCCCUUGUCGCAACAACUGGUCAUCUGCUUCGGAGCUCAAUGAAACUCAAGAGCCCUUUUUAAACCCCACCGACUAUGACGACGAGGAAUUCCUGCGGUACCUGUGGAGGGAAUACCUGCACCCGAAAGAAUAUGAGUGGGUCCUGAUCGCAGGGUACAUCAUCGUGUUCGUCGUGGCUCUCAUUGGGAACGUCCUGGUUUGUGUGGCCGUGUGGAAGAACCACCACAUGAGGACAGUGACCAACUACUUCAUAGUCAAUCUUUCUCUAGCUGAUGUGCUUGUGACCAUCACCUGCCUUCCAGCCACCUUGGUCGUGGAUAUCACUGAGACCUGGUUUUUUGGACAGUCCCUCUGCAAAGUGAUUCCUUAUUUACAGACUGUCUCAGUGUCUGUGUCUGUCCUCACAUUGAGCUGUAUUGCCUUGGAUCGAUGGUACGCAAUCUGUCACCCUUUGAUGUUUAAGAGCACAGCCAAGCGGGCACGGAACAGCAUUGUCAUCAUCUGGAUUGUCUCUUGCAUCAUAAUGAUUCCUCAAGCCAUUGUCAUGGAGUGCAGCAGCAUGCUACCCGGUUUAGCCAAUAAAACUACUCUCUUUACAGUGUGUGAUGAGCGCUGGGGUGGUGAAAUUUACCCCAAGAUGUAUCAUAUCUGUUUCUUUUUGGUGACAUACAUGGCACCACUGUGUCUUAUGGUGUUGGCUUAUCUGCAAAUAUUUCGUAAACUGUGGUGCCGACAGAUCCCUGGAACAUCAUCCGUAGUUCAGAGAAAAUGGAAGCCCCUGCAGCCCGUUUCGCAGCCUCGAGGGCCAGGUCAACAGACCAAGUCUAGGAUAAGCGCUGUGGCCGCUGAAAUAAAGCAGAUCCGAGCCAGAAGGAAAACAGCCCGGAUGUUGAUGGUUGUGCUUUUGGUGUUUGCAAUUUGCUAUCUACCAAUUAGCAUCCUCAAUGUGCUAAAGAGAGUAUUUGGGAUGUUUACCCACACUGAAGACAGAGAGACUGUGUAUGCCUGGUUUACAUUUUCACACUGGCUUGUAUAUGCCAACAGUGCUGCGAACCCAAUUAUUUAUAAUUUUCUCAGUGGAAAAUUUCGAGAGGAAUUUAAAGCUGCAUUUUCUUGCUGUUGCCUUGGAGUUCACCAUCGCCAAGAGGAUCGACUUACCAGGGGACGAACCAGCACAGAGAGCCGGAAGUCCCUUACCACCCAGAUCAGCAAUUUUGAUAACAUAUCAAAACUUUCAGAGCAGGUCGUGCUCACCAGCAUAAGCACACUCCCAGCAGCCAAUGGAGCAGGACCACUUCAAAACUGGUAUCUGCAGCAGGGCCCACGGCCGUCACUCCCGUCAACCUGGUUGGAGGUCUGAAAGAAGAAGCUGAGUAUCAGUGUUGAAUCUCACCACUGUCAUCUCGCUCAAAGACUUAAUGGUCUGCAAAACAACUGCUACUGUGUUACACGUGCAGUGUGAAAGUAGACUGGUUUUGAGGCACUGGUGUACUUUACGUCCACCUGGAUGACUUGAGUUUUUAAGCAAAACUUUCAAAUCCCCUAUUUUAUUUAUACUUAUUAAAAUUUAAAUUUUGUGGAAGCAGUUUCUAAGAAUGAUCAUUGCCUGGAAGGAAAAAUAAUAAAAUAAUACCAGUACUUAUAGGAAACUCUGGGAAUGGAAUAAUAGACUACAUACAUAGCACUUGACUUAUGGCUCCAAGAAUCCUAAGACGUCUGAAUUUUGUAUGGUUACCUUAAUAGGAUGAAUGGUAAAAAAAAAGUAGGUGUUCCCAAACCCUGCCAAUCAUAUGAAAUAGAGCCAACUACUUACCUCAUUAUGUGCUAAUGACAUAAAUGAGAAAAUGUCUUAUGAAAGGAAUGUUUUGGGACGGUUUUAUGCUGUACAUUGAGUAUGUAUCUCUCUAUCUUUUGUCACUGUAUUUCAAAGACUUAAUGUAAAAUGUCAGUGUCAUUGAAAUUUUGUUAUCAACAGGAAUGACUUAAUUCUAACAUUGAAUUCAUUUGAACUUUAUUAUUU